AUGGACGAAUCUAUGUACAUUGAAGAAAACACUUUCAAGAACAGUGCAAUCUCCUUGAUCUUCUCUCUCAAGGAAGAAGUUGGAGCUUUGGCUAAAGUUCUACGCAUAUUUGAGGAAAAAGGUAUAAACCUGACCCACAUUGAGUCCAGACCUUCCCGGCUCAACAAAGAUGAAUAUGAAUUCUUCAUAAACUUGGACAGCAAGAACAUCCCCGCUCUGGAGGACAUUGUCAGGGCUUUGAGAGAUGAUAUCGGGGCAAAUGUUCACGAGCUUUCACGAGAAAAGAGGAAGGAUGCCGUGCCAUGGUUCCCAAGGACUAUUCAAGAGCUGGACAGAUUUGCCAACCAGAUCCUCAGCUAUGGAGCAGAGCUGGAUGCUGAUCACCCAGGCUUCAAAGAUCCUGUUUACCGGGCCAGAAGAAAGGAAUUUGCUGAUAUAGCCUACAACUAUAGACACGGACAGACCAUCCCCAGGGUGACUUACUCAGAAGAAGAGAAGAAAACAUGGGGUACAGUCUUCAGAGAGCUGAAGACUCUCUAUCCCACCCAUGCUUGCUAUGAACACAACCACGUCUUCCCUCUCCUGGAGAAAUACUGUGGCUACCAAGAAGAUAACAUUCCCCAGUUGGAAGAUGUCUCAAAUUUCUUGAGAAGCUGCACUGGAUUUCGCUUACGUCCUGUGGCUGGACUCCUGUCAUCUCGGGAUUUUCUGGCUGGCUUGGCUUUUAGAGUAUUUCAUUCUACACAAUAUAUUCGCCAUUCGUCAAGACCAAUGUACACCCCAGAACCAGAUGUUUGCCAUGAGCUCCUAGGACAUGUCCCUCUGUUUGCUGAUCCUAGUUUUGCUCAGUUUUCCCAAGAAAUUGGAUUGGCUUCCCUGGGAGCACCAGAUGAAUUCAUCGAGAAACUUGCUACGGUUUACUGGUUUACAGUGGAAUUUGGACUGUGUAAAGAAGGCAGUGACAUAAAGGCCUACGGGGCUGGGCUGCUGUCAUCAUUCGGUGAAUUGCAGUAUUGUUUGUCAGAUAAACCUGCCAUUGAGCCUCUCACCCUGGAGAAGACAGCAGUCCGGAAGUAUCCUGUGACCGAAUUCCAGCCCAUUUACUAUGUUGCUGAAAGUUUUAAUGAUGCAAAGCAAAAGUUAAGGAAAUAUGCUUCCACAAUUCCUCGUCCAUUCUCAGUCCGCUACAACCCAUAUACCCAAAGGAUUGAGGUCCUGGACAAUGCAAAACAGCUGAAGAAUUUAGCUGAUUCCAUCAGCAAUGAAAUGGGACUUCUCUGCAAUGCUCUCCAGAAGAUCUAACGAAGAUGCCGUCACCUCUAUCAACAC